AUGAUUGGGUACGCAGCCAUUGCGAAGUCCAUGUCGGACUCCUCCGACCUCACCUCGUUCCGUAACUUCUUAGCUCUCAACUACCAGAAUCUCCUUUACCUGCAGGCAGAAUUGACUCAUCUAGAAGAACUAUGGAGGAGGACGGAGUGGGACAUCCAGGGGAGUCCGGAUAAUGACAAAAGGGAAAAGGCACCGCACGACUGGGCGAAACUCCAGAAAGACGAAGAGGCUUGGGCUCAGUUUACGCAGUUGAGAGGCAAGUUGAAGGAAUACAACGAAGCCCUGAUCCAGCAGCACAUGAUCUCGCACUUCGACAAGCCGUCUAAGCAGAGCUUGAAAGCCCUGAAUCAUAUUCUGGACGACAAUUCGAAAGCUGCGGUCCUAAUCGGAAAGGAUCAUAAAACGUGGUCGGACAAAGAAACAUUAAAAGACCUGGUCACCGUCGGUCCCGUGGAGAGACUUGACAUGAUUUCAAGAUUUCUAGUAAGAUUAUAUCUCGCCCUGAAAUACAAAGUCCUUGGCAGAUUUUUCCAUGAGAGCCGUGGCGUCGUUCGCUUCGAAAGUAGCCAGCUUCUUCUGCCAACCAAGGUCCCAAGUGUCGUCCUAUCUUCGUUAUUACCUAUCGCGGCUAUAUCCGUCCUGUGUCUCGUACAGUCGACGUGGCGAAGACUGCUGAUUCUCGCUGGUUUCACGUCAACCUUUUCAUUGGUAUUAUCGUUGAUCAGCGCGGAGUCUAAACGAUCGGAAUUAUUUUCUGUUACGGCUGCCUUUACUGCUGUUUUGGUGGUCUUUAUUGGCACGAAUACGGAGAAAGUGGAAACCGCCUCAAGUUAG